GCUGCUGACGGAGGCGUCACGGCGGCGGGAGGAGCGCGCCCAGUCCGGGAGGAGCCGCAGCCCGGAGCCCGCCGCGGUCCUGCGCGAGCCGAGUCGGAGCCGCCGAGCGGAGCGGAGCGGAGCAGAUCGUGGUCUCCCCAGGCAUCUCCCUGCAGUUAACUGGAGCCCUCAACAUGCCUGAGCAGAGCAACGACUACCGGGUGGCUGUGUUCGGAGCAGGGGGCGUGGGCAAGAGCUCUCUGGUCCUGAGGUUUGUGAAGGGCACGUUCCGGGAGAGCUACAUCCCCACAGUGGAGGACACGUACCGGCAGGUGAUCAGCUGUGACAAGAGCAUCUGCACGCUGCAGAUCACUGAUACCACCGGCAGCCACCAGUUCCCCGCCAUGCAGCGGCUGUCCAUCUCCAAGGGCCACGCCUUCAUCCUGGUCUAUUCCAUCACCAGCCGGCAGUCGCUGGAGGAGCUCAAGCCCAUCUACGAGCAGAUCUGUGAGAUCAAGGGGGAUGUGGACAGCAUCCCCAUCAUGCUGGUGGGCAACAAGUGUGAUGAGAGCCCCAGCCGGGAGGUACAGAGCGGUGAAGCUGAGGCCCUGGCACGGGCGUGGAAGUGUGCCUUCAUGGAGACCUCAGCCAAGCUCAACCACAACGUGAAGGAGCUGUUUCAGGAGCUGCUCAACCUGGAGAAGCGCAGGACCGUGAGCCUCCAGAUCGACGGCAAGAAGAGUAAGCAGCAGAAGAGGAAAGAGAAGCUAAAGGGCAAGUGUGUGGUCAUGUGAAGGCCCCAUCCACCCGUGCCUGCGGAGGAGCUGUGUGCCCAGCCGGGCCCCUCCCAGUGCACCCUCCCUGUCCGGGCAGCAUGUCUGAGGCCCACGUGUGACACAUUGCAUCUGCCCGAGUGCACCCUCAUGUCCCUACCAGGGCGGUCCACACCACUACACCAUUGGCCACCCCUCUCUGGAGUCACACACUUGCCAGGCAGUAAAAAGAAAAUCCAACAGCUCAGGAUCCCAGGCCAAAUGCAAGAGGUGCCAGCCACUGCGCUUGUGGGAGGCUUUGGCCAUUAGGAGGUGGGAGGACUAGACCCAGGGGAAGAAGGGUAAGGGGAGGGGACACAGGUCACCUGUGUGUGUGUUGAGGCAUGUUAGCCCGGAACUGUGGGCCCACACCAGGCAGCUCUCCCUGCCCAGAAGCCAGUAGCAUCUUUGAGGGUGGGUGAGAGGACCAGCUGGUCCCAAGUGGACACAGUGGUUCCCGUAAGUGGACCCCCACAGGAUGUGCAUUCCCCCUCCAUUCCCCUUUCCUGCCCCGAGGGGAUGAUUCACCUCCUGUAGAUCUAGUUAGCACACAUCUUCUUAGCUGAGUAGAGCACUUAAUUUCCCAUGCAAUGAUGAGUUCACUAACAGUGUGCUCUUGUGUGAGAAAGUACUUUCAUUUUUGAGUAAAGGUAAUGUGACAUUAUUAAAACAUCGCAAUAACGUUCUUGUGUGUUGUACUGAGGGUUUUAGAAAUGUGAAGUUUCUUUCCUUUGGUCUGGGAGGGCUGUGUCUUCUUCCAGCCCUCAGAUUUUAAAUAAAAGCAAAUAAAGUAGCUAUUUUUAAACUUUUUUCUCCCUCUAAGACAGAUUUCUUCUCUUCAAUAACUUGACCUGUAUCCAGCUGGGUAGCAUCCAACAAAGGCCAUCUGACAACCAGAAGCACACGCAUUUUCUAAAUGACACGAACAUGUAUGUGCCACAUUUUGCACCUUAAUGAAGUACUUUGACACAACUUGUUCACUGUGUUUUUGAUGAUCCAUCUAUAUUGGAAAUACACUCCUGGAAAUGCAUUUAAUUAGGAGUCAGGCCUCUUGCAUGUUUAUUAUACUUGUCCUCUAAGAUCUGUUCAAUGCAGUAUUUCCCCUAGAAACAAGUAUCUUCCAGUGAUGAUGUGUACAACCUUAAUUCUUCAAACCCAGUUAUAGCCCCUGCUGGUUCCUGUGCAUCUCAGGGCAGACAGUCAUGGCUGUAGACAGGCCUGGUGCUCUGUCCUGGGCGAAUCCCGUGCCCUCUAACCACUCUGCCAUCGUGAAGCCUUGUUGGGCUCUGUUUCUUGAAAAUUCCCACUGGCAGAGCCUGAGUCUUUUGCUUCAGUUGGCAGAAGACAGCCAGCCAGCCUGCCGCGUCCUCCUCUUGGCCAUCCUUCCUGGUGCCCCCAGCAGGAAGAGGAAGCUGCAGCACACGUAGGCCUGCACACAGGGCCUCUUGUCUGCUGGGCAGCGUUGCCAGCCCUGGGGAGAGCUCUCAAGUUGGGGAAGUUGCAUGGACCACCUCCUGCCCCUUCUGUCUUUAGGGUUCCUUCUUCGCACGGCUUCCUGCUGUGGCCACAGGGUCACCUUGGUCCUCUGAGGCACACUGUGCUCUCAGUAGAUGCUGCUUCCCUUUGGCCCUUCCUAGUUCACCUCCCUUGUCUGGUCUCCUCCUCUUAGCACUAUCUUAACUCUGCUGAAUACGUUUACCUUGUGGGAGGUGAUUUUUUCUUUUUCCCCGAUGCUCAACUUUAAUGACUUUAUUUGCUUCUUCAUUUGUUUCAUAUAACGCAAAAAAUGCUAUCUUAACCUUGUUAAAUACAAAGCUGAGUGGUCUUAAAUGCAUUCAUAAAAUUGUACUAUUCAUCUCC